CUCCCGCCCCCACGCGCCGGCGGCGGCACGGCAGGCAAACCAACGACCACCACGGUUGGCCGCACCCUUGAAAUGUAUGCCUCCGCCGUCCGCCGCCUCCACUGCCGCGGUGAGCACGAUCCCAAGCCCCCCGCAUUCCUCCCCCUUCCCCUCCUCCCACGAGACCCAACCCCCCCGCCGCCGCUCCCCUCUUCCCCGCCGCACCCCAUCCCGCCGCUCUCCUUCCGCCACCUCUCCCCCUGCCCACGCUGGUGCGCCUGGGUGGCCACCGCACUCCGGGACCUCGCCUUCGCGCCCGUCCUCGCCUCGGCCGCCAUCUCCGAUGCCGUCGCCGCCUCCACCGCCACCGUCGCCCCCGACCGCCCCGCCCUCUCCGCGCUGCUCUCGCUCUGGGACCCGGCUACGCACGCCUUCCGCCUCCCCGCGGGCCCCGCCACCUUCACCCUCGAGGACGCGCUCGUCCUCGCCGGUCUGCCCCCCUCUGGCGCGCCGCUGGAUCGGCCCCUCACCCCCGACGAGGAGGACCUCCGCAUCCGCCUCGUCAUCGAGAAGGAGAAGAUCAUGGAACUCCACCCCUGCGCCCGCGCCGCGCGCCGCGUGUCGGCGGAGGUGUGGCUCGAGUGGUUCGACGGCAGCGGCAUCCGCCCCGGCGAGGACGACGAGCUGCGGCGGCUUGGGUUCUUCGCCUACUGGCUGGCGUUCUUUGUUACGCCAUGGCUGCGAGCGAGGAGCGUCGAGCUGCCGGAGCGCGUGUUCGCACUUGCCGCGAGGCUUAGUCUUGGCGAGCGCAUUGCCCUUGGCCCAGCCAUGGUGGCAAAUCUUUAUGCGGAUAUGGACAAGAUUGUUACCUUUGCAGUGGCUGAUAGAGUAAGUGGCCGCAUAGACGUGCGGGCGCCGCUCUGGCUGCUGCAGGUGUGGAUGUGGGAGCGCUACAAGCGGCUGCGCCCGCCGCAGCUGAAGGCGCCACAGUUCCCCAUAUCAAGUGUCCGGGUAUUGCAUUGGAGCCAAAGGAAGAGGACGAGCACACCUGAGGAGGCUCUACAGGUUUUGCUGGAUGAAGCAUGCUUCGAUUGGAGGCCCUACCUGUACAACUCCCUGAACUGGAUGGAACCCAAGUGGUUCAACGUGGAUUCCAUUUUGGUGAGCUGUAGAGGUGAAGAUAAGCCGGAGUGGUUGGUUGACUACAUUGCAAUUAUCAGACAAACAGUGUUGACUGGGUGGUACGGUGAUAACAUGGAUAAUUCUGUAUUGUACAAUCCGCACCUUGUUGCGAGGCAGUUUGGUUAUGAUCAGGCUGUUCCUGUGUCUAUCAUCCAUGAGUUUGAAUCCGAGGGUAUCGAGUUCUGGAUACCUAGUAUUGGUAGACAUGGGAUGGCUAGUGAUGAUUAUGUUGCAUGGUGCAGUGGGCGGUUUCACAGGCAUCAGGACACCGAUCGAUAUGGUUGCUUGGUGAUACCAAACCUUGAAAUUAGGGCUACUUCGCUGCAAUUGAAUGCAAAUAAGAAAAGUUCAGUAGAGGCAGCACUUGCUCAGUUUAGAGAAGUCACCGCGCAGGAGGACAUCAGUUAUAUUGGUGAAGAGCAGCUAGCACAAGUGGGUAAUGGAAUACAGGAGAACAAAGCAAAGGUGAUUGUCCUGGGCCUUGGUGCUUGUGAUAAGGACUACAAUGCUGCUGCGGUGAAAUGGAAUAAAGAGAAGAAAAAAAGACGAGAUAAAUUUGCUGAAGAUGGAGGUAGUAGGAAGACCAAAAGCAAUGUCAGUAAUAAGAUCAAGAAGAGUUCAUUGCAGUUAGAAGCACAGAAAUACUCUGUAUUCCAAGAAGAUCUUAAUUCUGACUCUAUGAAAUGUGAUGAAUUGGCAGAACGUUGCAGUGAUGAUGAAUGUAUCGUUCUUGAACAGCAUGAUAAGAAAUGUGAAACAAUAAAUCUGGAUGAUGAUGAGGAACAGAGUGCCCUUGAUCUUGAAUAUCAUCAUAGGCAACUCGUCGUGGAGCUCGAAGAGUUCGUGCGCUCUGGCCUCCUCUCUCAAUGGGAGGAAAGCUCCGAUGAAGAUGAAGGAAGUGGAAGAAAGCAAGAGACCCUUAAGAACAGCAACAUUGACCCUUAUGCUGAAGCAGCCAUGAGGGAGUACCCUCUGUUCUUUGAUUUCAUUCCCCAGAAACCACACUACAGAGGGUUAGUGAACAACGAUGAAGCUCUAGGAGAUCUAGCCUACAGUGGACUAUGGUUUCUGUUAGUAGGUUUGGCUAAGGAGGUGCUCAAGACAACAUGUGAUACGGAUGCUUCUGACAUUGCAUAUUUGAUGAGAAAAGCUCAGCAUUUGGAGCAGCUGGGUUUCAAUGUGAAGCAUCUUAUUGCCCGCUUGAAGGAGCCACAGAUCCGACAUAAGAGGCUUCAAGAUUCUAGGGCAAGGCUUGAGGAUGCCCAGAAGAAAGAACAGGAAGCUAAGGGCGUUCAAUCACUGUCAAGUCAUCUGAGUAAACUGAAAAACAACAUACGAACGAUGGAGAGGCAUUUGGAUGAAAACAAACAAGCUUUUGUUUCAUCUGUGCCUAAUAAAUUAAAUGAAGGAAUAGAUCUAGUUAGUUUGGAGAAGGAAGUAGAAGCUGCUGAAAAAUAUUGUCAGGCGAUGAAGGAUGAAGUAGCUGCAAUGAGAAUGAACACAGAUAUUUGACAGUGGGGUUAUAGAUUACUUCGGAGUUCACUGUCUUAAAUUACUCAAAUGCUCUCUUCCUGAUAUAGAACUUGCUUGCUAACUAUUUUGUAUGAACCAAGCAGGCUUACCAAUAGAAUGUAGAUCUCCUACUUUCCAGAGAAGGGUGCCAUGACUAAUUUUUUUAAUCGUCCUUCAAAUGCAUAUAUUCAGUUAGGUUUUGUUAUCAUCUUGUCGUUUAUAACUAAGUUGGGUGAUGGGCAGGUAAUA